AUGGACACAGUGAAUCACACUGACUCUGGGACUGUUUCUCCGACUACGAACGAGGGGAAGCAAACGCCGCCUCCAGACUUGAAUACAGACGCGGCCGUUGCCAUCCACUCCUCACCACUGCCCGACAGGUCCAGGUCCAGACAAGGCAGUGUGGCUAGAAAACGCACAAACGAGGAAAUCUAUCAGCCGGACGAGACACCGAAGACGAGCCCUGCAAGCGCAAGAUUCCAGAGGUCUAUCACACUCCCGGUGAUGCCCGAAUCUCGAGAGCAAGACGGUAGGAACAACCCGUUCGAACAUCGUAGCUCGACCCUUGGUAGUGACAAUACUAAGAUUCGUCCAGUUGCUACAGAAAUUGGUGCAAACUCCACUCCAUUGUCACAGCGUAAUAGCUUUGUCAAGGAAAUCCAAGAUUAUCAACAGCAUUUAGAGCUCCAAUUCCAGGAGUUCGAACGUGCAUUGAACGAGAGAGACACCUCGGUCAGUCUGAAUGCAAUGGACUGGGACGAUCUGGAAGCACGCUGUGAUAAGGAGAUCCAGCCUUGUAUUGCUGCUGAGAGGGAAAUUAUGGACGAGUUCAACACCCGCUUUACUCAAUUCUUGCUCUAUAUGCAAGUAUCAAACAACCACGAAGCUGAAAGGGCUGUCAAGAGACUUCGCACACGAAUAGCUCUUGCCCAGAACUCAGAGAGAUCACUGGCUCAGAAGCAAGCCCACCAUGCAAAGGUGCUUGAGGCGUUUCAAGGCGCGAUGGCACUCCUGGGCAAUCUGUGA